AUGGGUGCGAACGCGUCCACUUUGCUGGACGACGAUAUAACAGAAAUAGUGGCCUCGUCGUCUUUCUCGAAAGAUGAAAUCGAGCAACUGUAUAGCCGCUUUCAAAAGCUAGACCGCAACGGAUCCGGAACGAUCGAUGCUUCAGAGUUCCUGAUGAUUCCGGAGCUCGCCAUGAACCCACUUGUGCCGCGUAUUGUCCAGCUUUUUGACGGUGUUAACUUCAAAGAGUUUGUGCGGCUGCUCUCGGCGUUCGGAAAAAACGCACCUCGGGAAGCACGGAUUGACUUCUUGUUCCGCUUUUACGACGUUGAUGGGGAUGGGGUGGUCAGCGAAGCAGACGUCAACAGUAUUUUUCGGUUGCUCGUUGGCGAAAACCUGGACGACGCCACCUUGCGACGAAUCGUACGCCAGGCUAUGCUGGACUUUGGCGCUGGCCUAGAAGCUCUGGAUGGCGGAGACGAGAGCGAAGAGCUGAACGGCUGUAGCGUUCAGUGCCGACCGCUCACGAGAGAGGACUUCUGUCGAAAGCUUCAAAACGUCGAACUCGAUCGCAUUUUACAAAUAUCCGUUUAG